CUGUCAUAUGACUGAGGCGCCCAUGGGGGUGGCGGGGCGGCUGUAGGAGCGGGGGCCUAGCAAGCGCUCUAAGGAGCGACCCCAGCCUGCCGUGGCCAGCAUGGCCCCUACGCUGUUCCAGAAGCUCUUCAGCAAGAGGAACGGGGUGGGCGCUCCCGGUCGGGAGGCGCGAGACCCGGACUGCGCGUUCAGUUGGCCUUUGCCAGAGUUUGACCCAAGCCAAAUUCGACUGAUUGUAUAUCAAGACUGUGAAAGACGAGGGAGAAAUGUCUUGUUUGACUCCAGUGUUAAGAGAAAGAAUGAGGACGUAUCAGUAUCGAAACUCUGUAGUGAUGCUCAAGUUAAAGUCUUUGGGAAAUGCUGUCAACUGAAACCUGGAGGAGACAGUUCUUCCUCUUUGGACAGUUCUAUGACUUCCUCUUCUGAUGUAAAAGACCAGUAUCCUAAGUAUCAGGGCUCUCGGUGCUCUUCUGAUGCCAAUAUGCUUGGAGAGAUGAUGUUUGGCUCAGUAGCAAUGAGCUACAAAGGAUCCACCUUAAAAAUUCAUCAGAUCCGUUCCCCUCCACAGCUUAUGCUCAGCAAAGUUUUUACUGCACGGACUGGCAGCAGUAUAUGUGGAAGUCUCAAUACGCUGCAAGACAGUCUUGAAUUCAUCAGUCAGGAAAACAGUACACUAAAGGCUGAUAAUAGCACAAUUAUUAAUGGACUGUUUGGAAAUAUAGGUCUUUCACAGUUCUGCAGCCCCAGGCGGGCAUUCUCUGAACAGGGUCCGCUCCGCCUGAUCAGGAGCGCCUCUUUCUUUGCAGUUCACAGCAACCCAAUGGACAUGCCUGGAAGAGAACUGAAUGAGGACAGAGACAGUGGCAUAGCACGCUCUGCAUCUCUCAGCAGCUUGCUUAUUACACCAUUUCCCUCCCCGAACUCCUCACUUACCCGAAGCUGUGCUAGCAGCUACCAGCGACGUUGGCGACGCAGCCAAACAACAAGUUUGGAAAAUGGGGUUUUUCCUAGAUGGUCUAUAGAAGAAAGCUUUAAUCUGUCAGAUGAAAGCUGUGGCCCUAACCCAGGAAUUGUGAGGAAAAAGAAGAUUGCAAUUGGGGUGAUAUUCUCAUUAUCCAAAGAUGAAGAUGAAAAUAACAAAUUUAAUGAAUUCUUUUUUUCACACUUUCCUCUUUUUGAAAGCCACAUGAACAAAUUAAAGAGUGCAAUAGAACAGGCUAUGAAAAUGAGCCGGAGAUCAGCUGAUGCCAGUCAGAGGAGCUUGGCAUAUAAUCGAAUAGUUGAUGCCCUAAAUGAAUUCAGAACAACAAUUUGUAAUCUUUACACAAUGCCACGAAUUGGAGAGCCUGUCUGGCUUACAAUGAUGUCAGGGACUCCAGAAAAGAACCAACUUUGUCAUCGUUUCAUGAAGGAGUUCACUUUUCUAAUGGAAAAUGCUUCAAAAAAUCAGUUCCUGCCAGCACUCAUCACUGCAGUUCUGACCAAUCAUCUUGCCUGGGUUCCAACAGUCAUGCCGAAUGGACAGCCACCUAUAAAAAUAUUUUUAGAGAAACAUUCCUCUCAGAGUGUGGACAUGUUAGCUAAGACUCAUCCAUAUAACCCUCUUUGGGCACAACUGGGGGACCUGUAUGGCGCUAUCGGCUCUCCUGUACGGUUAGCGAGGACUGUGGUGGUUGGCAAACGACAAGACAUGGUGCAGAGACUGCUUUAUUUUCUUACUUAUUUCAUUAGAUGCUCUGAACUUCAAGAAACCCAUCUUUUAGAAAAUGGGGAAGAUGAAGCCAUUGUUAUGCCAGGCACAGUUAUUACUACCACUUUAGAGAAAGGUGAAGUAGAAGAGUCCGAGUAUGUGCUCAUCACAAUGCAUAGAAACAAAAGCAGUUUGCUCUUUAAAGAGUCAGAAGAAACAAGAACCCCUAAUUGCAACUGUAAAUACUGUAGUCGUCCACUCCUUGGGCAAAAUACAGACAAUGUUUUACAACAAGAUAGAGAAGAUAUUCCAAACAGCUCUAAGGAGCUGCUAGGAGGUUCAGAUGAGUGCCGAAUGAUUUCUCCUUCUGACUGCCAAGAAGAAAAUGCUGUUGAUGUUAAACAGUACAGAGAUAAAUUAAGAACUUGCCUUGACACCAAGUUACAGACAGUUGUUUGUACAGGAUCUGCUCCAGUGGACAAACGUGCUUUGUCAAAGUCAGGCUUAGGGCCAGCAGAGGAAACAUGGCAGAGUGAGGAAUUACUGGAUUUAGGUAAUCACUCAGGCAAAGUGUUGAGAUCCACAGGAAUGGUUGUGGAGAAAAAACCUCCAGAUAAGCUUGUAUCUGCUACAUUUUCUUGUGAGGCAACCCAGACAAAGGUUACUUUCUUGAUUGGGGAUUCUAUGUCACCUGACUCAGAUACUGAACUCCGGAGUCAGGCAGUGGUGGAUCAGAUUACCAGGUAUCACACCAAACCAUUGAAGGAAGAAAGAGGGGCUAUUGAUCAACAUCAAGAAACUAAACAACCACCUAAGGACCAAUCUGGAGAGUCUACUAUACCACACUUGGUUUCUGGAGAGCCCUGUGAACUUUCCUGUUGGAAUCAUUCAGACUCAGAGAACAUGAGCUUAUUUGAUGAAUAUUUUAAUGAUGAUUCAAUUGAAACCAGGACUAUUGACGAUAUUACAGUUAAAACAAGUACAGACAGUAAAGAACACUGCUGUAUGUUAGAGUUUUCAAAAAGACUGUGUAUAAAAAACAGUAAACAGAAUAAUAAAUCUUGUAAAUGUGUAGAAAGAGUUCACCAAGAUUCAUCUAACACCUGCUUUUCUCAGCAGGACCAAAGAGAUACACUCUCAGUUCUUGUCCCCCAUGGGGAUAAAGAGAGUCCAGAAAAAAAAAUUGCUGUAGGAAUUGAAUGGGACAUUCCAAGAAAUGAAAGUUCAGAUAGUGCCCUUGGGGAUAGUGAAAGUGAAGACACAGGUCAUGAUAUGACUCGACAAGUAAGUGGUUACUAUGGAGGAGAGCAAGAAGAUUGGGCAGAAGAGGAUGAGAUACCAUUUCCUGGGUCAAAGUUAAUCGAAGUGAGUGCUGUUCAGCCCAAUAUUGCCAACUUUGGUAGGUCCUUGUUGGGUGGCUACUGCUCGUCUUAUGUGCCUGACUUUGUUCUUCAAGGAAUUGGGAGUGAUGAGAGGCUCCGUCAGUGUCUGGUAUCAGACUUGUCUCAUGCUGUGCAGCAUCCAGUGUUGGAUGAACCCAUAGCAGAAGCUGUCUGUAUUAUAGCAGAUAUGGAUAAAUGGACUGUUCAAGUGGCCAGUAGCCAGAGACGAGUAACAGAUAAUAAGUUGGGAAAGGAAGUACUUGUUUCCAGUCUUGUUUCUAACCUGCUUCAUUCUACUCUUCAGCUUUAUAAACAUAACUUGUCUCCAAAUUUUUGUGUAAUGCAUCUUGAAGACCGGCUACAGGAGCUAUACUUUAAGAGCAAAAUGCUGUCCGAGUACCUGAGGGGACAGAUGCGUGUUCAUGUCAAGGAGCUGGGAGUGGUUCUAGGGAUUGAAUCCAGUGAUCUUCCUCUUCUGGCUGCUGUAGCAAGCACUCACUCCCCAUAUGUUGCUCAGAUACUCCUUUAACAUAAAGGUUGUUAGAAAUUAACUUUGGUAGAAAGUUAAGCAGAAACCAACGAAGAAGAUACAACAUGCAUUUAUGGCAUUUCUUUUCCCUGUUAGAUUUUGAUCUGAAUGACUCAGUCACCUGGGUACAUUGCACUGCAUAUUGUGUUAUCAUUGAUGGCUUUUUCCUUUGACUAGACUUUUGGGGUGGUGGUAGAUUUUAACCCAGUAAAACUAAAACAGCAUAAAUAAUUUUGGGGAAAGCACUUGAAGAAGCCAAAGUGUAACUUAGAAAUUUCUACACAAUGAAUAACAUUGAGGAAUUUCACAUGCUCACUAAUGAUGUUGCCACAACUCAUAAAUCACAACAGAUACCUAAUGAUUGUAUGGCUGAGAAAUAGUCAUUUCAUUAGUUUUUUAUUCUUUAUUUCUAAGGUACAGAGUUGUAUAAAACUUUGUUUUAUUUUCAAUUCAAAAUAGUUAAUUUCUGGGUAUUUCUCAAAGUAUUUUAAAUAGCCUAUUAAUUCUAAUAAACUCAGAAUAGUGAGUGUAAAUGUGUGUUAUGUUAUCCACCCAAGUGUACAUAUGUACCUAUUUUUUGAAAAAACAGAUAAAAAUACAAGAUUGGUAAACAUGCAUUUUUAAAAAUAAUGUUUUCAACUAGUAUUAAUUGUAUAUAAUGUUGAAAUGUUACUUUCUGGUGAUUUUUCUGCUUCACAUACCCUUAAAAUAUAAGUAAAAGCCAAUCUUUUUUAAAGGCUGAGGAAUGUAGAUUCCCAAAAUAAUAAUACUUUAUACCAUGUCUUUUGUUUAUAAGAUAAUUCUUAUUAAUAUUUACAUAUUCUCAUCUAACUUAAUAAAUGAAAAUUAGGAUUAAAAAUUGCACCAAAGCAUUGGCAAAAAUAAUACUAUUUUCUUUAAAAGUGCUCAGGUAGCCGAGGCCCUUGCUUUCGGUAUCAGCCCUUCUUGAACCCAUAGGAAUUGUUUCACUACUUCAUAAUAUUUAAUUUACUCUAAUAGAACUCAUUAACUCUUAAAAUUAUUAUUUUUUUCUAAUAGCCCCUCCCAGAAGCUAGAUAUUUCAAAGAUUUCUACUUUUCAGUUAUUAUUUUUGUAUAUACCAUAGAGUGUUGAUUGUGAGAAAAGCUAAUGUGGAACCAAACUCUUGUAAGUAAUGUAAAUAAGAAAGGUGGGUAAGUCAAAGUUUUCAAUAUGCUGUACUACCUCAGUUUACUUGAAUACUACAUUAUAGUUUAUUCUUUACUUACCUAAGGUACUUUUAAUGCUAGAAGUGAACUUUUGUUUCUGCUUUCAUGAACUGUUUUCAUCAUAACUGAUUGUCAGCUUAAAAAAAAGAAAACUUACUGCUUAUUCUGUUACUAGAUACAUUUACUGUAUAAUAAACACAUCUAUUCUUGCUGUUUGAAUUUUCAGUAAUUAAGGAAGAUUUGUGUGGUUUGUUUAGUCUUUGACCUUGAAUUUAUAGCACUGGGUCACAUUUUGCCUUGCUCUUUAUGUAUUCAAGAAAUCUCCAGCCAGAAUAGAGGUUGUGUUUUAAUGAAAUGUAAAUCUGAAAUUGGUGUGCCUGCAAUCACUUCGGCUCUUUUGUCCUAUAAGUUAGACCCAGUUAGUACCUAAGUUUCCCAUAAAUGACUUGCUGCCAGAGAGUGUUGAUGAAUAUAUUUUCUCUGGCUUAUUUUAUUCCAUUAAUUAAUGAAAUUCUUCUCUUACAUUGUUAGGAAUUCUAUGAAGCAAUCUCUUUGCCAGAAUUCAGAAUAUAGAAAAGUUUGUAUGUGGGCCAUUGUACAUUAUUUUUUAAACUGAGUUCAGAGGGAUACAUAGCAGGUAGAUAAUGUCUGUUUUUGCUUGUUUUCUUUUUUUAAUCAAGCAUCAAACUAUUCACAGCCCUAUCUAUUUGAAAUCUAAUAAUUACCAUUUAGGAAGUCUAGUCUUCUAUAAAUGGGUGACUCAUGCUACUGUUUUUCUUAAAACUAACUUUUGCUUGGAAGAAAAAGGCCUAUAGUUUCUUACAGAAUCAUUAAUCUUAUAGGAUUCCUGAGUUUUGUAAUUCCCAACCCUUCUGUAAUUUCUGCUCCCUUUAUUAUAGUCAUUCUUCCCUUACAUAAAGCCCAAGGAAUGAGCUGCUACUUCUUCAAAGUGUGGUCAUUAGGAUGAAGGAAAAAAGAGUUUUGGCUUGUUCAAAAUAAAUUUUCAACUUCUUAUGGUACAGACAAAUGUGUUUUACGUAUUUAAAAAAGCUGUUUGUUGCAACAGGAAAUGAAAAAGGGAUCUUUUAUGUUACAGAUUUAAAGCUAGUAUUUCCUUACACAUAAACUAAUUGGUUUGAUAUUGAAUAUCCCUGGCUUUUAUUAAUAUGUCUUAAUUUGAGUUUGAAAAUGUUGGAUGUGCAAUAAACAUAUUAACAGAUUUCAUUCUGUUGCAAUUGCCAUACACUGGGGAUGAUCACUUUAAGAAAGAUUUCACACAAUGCCUACUUUUGGUAGAUAUCAUGAGACUUCUUUCUCUAAGUUAUUUAGAUGGUGGGAUAUGUAAAAUGUACAUACUUGAUCCUUGUUCUGUAUACAUUUCUCAAGUGUACACCUGUAUUAUAAUAACCUCCCAGUUCUAGGGGAAAUUUGUGCAAUAAAUACACAUGUCAUUUUAA